GCGCACAUGCCUCAGGGUAAUCCAGGAGCUCCCGUGUGGCUGUUUGGUUUAUUUCCACAAGCCCUCGUCCCAAAACCACAUUUUUUGCGCCGCAGCUUUGGGAUUUAAAUCCGGGCAUAACGUGAUCUUGGUUUCUGCCCCUCCUUGUUUCUGUGAGCCAAGGGAGCAGCCACGACACCACCCCCCUCCGCCACUCCUCCGUCAUUCCGCACAGACGGACUGCGAGCUGAGAGCCGCACACUCCGUCGCUCUGGAAUGAUCCGACGAGGGAACCCCCUCCCAGACCCACUCUGCGGACGGAGAACGUGAGGAGAACAAAGGGAACAUCCGCUCAGCGGAGGUUUGGAGCCGGCACAGACAACGAUCCCAUCACCGCAGCCAGCCGCAAACAUCCGUCCAUCACCGGGCCGAGGACUGGCUGACAGGGGCGUAGGAAGAGGGGGGAAAGGACAAGGAGGGAUUGUGAUCCGUGCUCACAAGGACCAGGGGCGUUGAGGAGAGGAUGGAGGCUCUGAUUUCAGAGCUGAAGAGCCACCCAGGCCCUUCGGUCCUGGUUUGUUCUCUGCUCUUCAGGGUGGUCCACCGGCUGCUGCAGAGGCUGCCCGUACCCAAGGUGGUGAAGCAGGAUGACUUCCGCUCCUGGAAGUGGAGGAACCUCUCAGUGUCCAUGGUGCACUCCCUGCUGACCGGGACCUGGGCCGUGAGCUGCGUGGUGAUCUGGCCUGAGACGCUGAGAAACAUCCACUCCUAUCACACCCCUCUGUCCUACCUGCUCGUCUGUGUCUCCACAGGAUAUUUUGUGCAGGAUGCAGGUGACAUCAUCUUGACGGGGCACGCUAGAGGGUCAUGGGAAUUCCUACUCCAUCAUGCGAUGGUGAUCUGGUGUUUCCUCUACGCCCUCUACACGCAGCUGUACAUCGCCGGUGGUGUGAUCGCCCUCUUCGUGGAGGUCAACAGCAUCACCCUCCACCUGAGGCUGAUGCUGAAGCUGGCGGGUGCCCAGGCCUCCCCCACAUACCGCCUCAACAAGCUCAUCAACCUCUUCACCUACAUCACGUUCCGCCUGAGCACCCAGUUCUACCUCACCUGGUACAUCAUCCAUAACCUCCCCAUUCUGGAACAGGGUGGAUACUUUCUCGUUACCAUAAUGGUGAUGAACAUCAUGAUCCUGAUUUAUUUCUACCGUUUGCUCCGCGCUGACUUCCUGCCACGGAGUAAACACUACGUGGGGCAAAACGGCACGCACAACAACAAUUCAAAGAAAUUUCUGAAUGACUGACCGGGAAAAGUUUACUGGACCGUUUCUAUUAGGUGGAAGUUUGUAUUUUUGUUAGUAUUAUUCCUAACGACAGAUCCCCUCACGUGACUCACUGCCAAAGAACAAACUCCAGGUGGAACAACACGCGGCCGUUUUCAGGUGCUGCUCUCAACAAAACGAAAACGUUUCAAAUUUGCACUGAAAAUGAUCAACCUUACCUCUUGGUCGGGAAGAUGAAAAUAUUUUACAACCGUUGCAGUGACACUGCUUAUGGCACAUUUAUCAAUGAUUUAUCAGAAUGACGACCAAUAAAGCGUUUGGAAAAUAGGAUUUCAGCUGAAACUACUUUUAACCAUGGGGCGGCUUUUCAGGGGAUUUAAACUUGCAGAGAUUACCAGUCAGGUGAAUCUGGGAGUACUCGUUUUAACAGUUUUAAUGAGCAGAAUGAUGUAAAUAAAGUUUUUGUUUCUUUUUUCAUUUUACUUUUGAAAAAGUAGCUUCAUAAGCUAGCCUUUAAAGUAACACUGAGCAGUUUCCCGCUCCUCUGCCCUGCUGGUUGAAAGUGAAAUUACAUCUGCAGCCUGCUGUAGCUAAUGCUAACAAUAAGCUAACUCUAACACGAGCCGACUAAUACUAAAAUAAACCACGAAGUGUUGGACAAAAACAUUACUCACAAGUCCAGUAGUAACAAAGCCACAUCACCAUCAGUGCGUGAUUUUGUAGAAUUCUUUAACUUCUCUGGUGUAGGACACAACAAUGUUCACUCUGGUUUUAGCUCUUUGCUUCACCUCCAAAGACAUGGCUCUCUUACUUUUACUUCCAGGCUCUAUCAUGAUGCCAACAACAAAGCAAACUUGUUCCAUUUCUUCUUCUUGUGCUUUUUACUGACGAUCAGCUGACUGAAAAAGGCUAACUACUAGCAUAACAGCUAACAGCCAUAAAGCAGGUAAAAAGCUCCCUCAUAGAGCACCAAUAGAGUUCUGCAUGUGGCCAGUAGAGGGCUGCAGAGUGGUGUCAGAUACGAAAAUGGUCAAGUUUCUAACUCAACAAUCUCAGAGUUCAGUGUUAAAGCUCUAGCCUACAGUUUAAAAAAUGACUUAGUGUUACUUUAAAGUUUAUUACCACGUCAACAGUUUGACCGAUCGAUUUCCACUGAACACACAGAAAGUAACUUUCUCAUGUUGACCCCACAGAAAGAUUAGCAUUAACCACAGGCCACCAUUAGAUUAUAUAAAUAAAUUAUAUAGUGUUAAUUAGUUGUUUUUGUAAGUGUUAAUCAAUGUAUUAGCUUUGCUUUUGUUUCACAAACGGCUAAAUAUUUAUUGAACCAGACUAACUGAUGUUGUUUUGAGGCUUUUAAUAUGCUCACAAAAUCUCAAAUUUCAAUUGAUUUCUUAAAUAUAUAAAUAAUCAAUUUUGUCUGUUGAAGCGAUAAUUUGACAUUGUUGGUAAUAUUGGGCCCAAGACGAUUCCCUGCUAGUUAUUUGCAAAACAUAUUUUAAAAGGUCAACUGGUUCAAUUUGAAGCAGCUAACCUUCCGAUCAGCUGACAGACGAAGGUCGGUAUUUUAUCUGAAACUCUCAGAAGGACAUUUAUGCAGAAUAAAAACGGCAUUCUACUUUUUAAUACAUGCAUCACUGGAAACUUAAAGGUGCUAGGUGGAAUUUUUUUUUACCCGAUUUUGAUGGUUGCCAUUGUUUGGUCUAUCAGAUGUGUGAGGAGACUUUAUUUAAUCAUAGUGUGAUGUCAUUGCGAACAUUUGUGAAUAACUUCCUCUUGUCCAUUAGGAUAUUUAAGAUGAUUACAUCUGGAUCAGGCAAUGCAUUUUGCUUGUUUUUUGUUUAUUUUUUUUCCCGUAGACUAACUAGCUGUUUCCGAACGUUUAGCGUCUUCAUGGGGAGGACUGGACUUGUCUUUGGACGUCUCUCAGAUUUAAUGUCGUGUUUUGAUGUGUUUGUUCAUUGUGUUUAUUUGUGGACCAAAUCUCGCGUCUCUAUGAAGCCUCCUGCUCUAUUUAGGGCUGAAGAGAUGUUGGAGUAAAUAAAGGAGUUUUGUACGUGAAACACUGAGUAGACAAGGACCAACCGGAGUGCUGACCCAUACGAUGCAGGACCGUCUGAUAAAUCUGUCGGACUCUGGUGGAGAUGAAGCUGGAUCUCCCUGCCGUCUGACUGCUGCCUUUGAUUUACAGCACAGUCAGGUGACCCCCCCCCCCCCAACAUGGACACAAAGCACUAAAUGUAAACAUAUUUUCUGAGCAUUCCUCGUGAUGUAUUUUUCAAACUCCGCUGUUUACUUUCCCAGAUCUUUCCUCAAGUUGUAAUCACUUGUGACAUGAAACACAAGUACGCCAAUCAGCCACAGUCAGAGAUGAUGGUCUAUCGGAGGGGACUGAGAGGGGACUGUCUUCUUACAGAUGAGUCAGAUCCCAUUAGAUAGUCAUCUGUGGAGUUUGGAGGCCAGGUCAACACCUCAGCUAGUUUCCUGGGUGGUUUGUGUUGCGUCCACUGCCAUCCUGAGUAAGGUUUUUGGAUGAAAACAUCCUAAUAUCAAAAUGUUUUUCUAGCUGCAUUUUGCACUGUGACAAAACGAGGGGUUUGUGGUCGUAAUAUCGUGGCUGAUCGGUGUAAAUUCCAUUUUCUAUUUCAGCCGAUGCCAAGAAAAGUCCGAGCAGAUGUGCAUCUGACCUGUGCCUUUUUAAAGCCACAGUGCCUUUCAGUGACAAGUCCAGACAACAAUAAUGUGUGAACGAGCAGAAAUACCCCCAGCAGCACAACGAACCAUGGAUUCAUUUGAACAUGGAGACAAUAAUGCAAGAUGUUGUUUGAAAACGACUUUUAGGGUCAAGACUCAUAUUUUCGAUCAUUGAGUGAAUAAAAGAAAAGUGUUUAAUGA